AUGUCAAAAGAAAUUGACGAAAUGGCAGAGCGUCUCAAAAACUUGACAAGCGAUUUAACAUCGACAUUGAAAGAGGCGAGAAUUGCAACAGUUUCGCCUGCAGCUCCAAGUGCUCCACAACCAUAUAGGCAAAAAAUUGAAAAAUUAAGCUCAGAGGUUGGUUUUUCUUCCAUUUUUAUUUUGAAAAGGGAAUCUAUAAAUACUAUAAUUAAUUUCAGGUAGUCGAUUCCAAUCCAUAUUCAAGACUUAUGGCCUUACAAAGAAUGGGAAUUGUCAAAGACUACGAAAAAAUUCGGGAUAAAACUGUAGCUGUUGUUGGAGUUGGUGGAGUUGGAAGUGUUGUAGCGGAAAUGUUGACAAGAUGCGGGAUUGGAAAAUUGAUACUUUUUGAUUAUGACAAGGUCGAGAUUGCUAAUAUGAAUCGAUUAUUUUAUCAGCCACAUCAAUCCGGGUUGAGCAAAGUUGAGGCUGCUAGGGAUACUUUAAUGUGAGCAAUUGAGCAUUUUAAAUUAAUAGACUAUCCAUUAAAAAUCUCCAAUUUUUUUCAGCCAUGUAAAUCCAGACGUCGAGAUCGAAACGCACAAUUUCAACAUCACAACAAUGGAAAAUUUUGGGAAAUUUGUUGAAAGGAUUACGUAAGUUUUUAUUUUAUUACUAUACGAAAUACAAUUUUUCGUUUUGCACUUUCUUACUGUACGAUACGAAUUCCAAAUAUUUUUUAAAAAAUCUUCCAGAAAUGGCUCAAAAACCAAUGGAAAAGUGGACCUUGUUCUAAGUUGUGUUGAUAAUUUUGAGGCAAGAAUGGCUGUAAAUACAGCGUGUAAUGAGGAAAAUCAAAUUUGGAUCGAAUCUGGAGUGUCGGAAGAUGCGGUUUCUGGACAUAUUCAAUAUAUUGAACCGGGAAAAACGGCGUGUUUUGCGGUGAGCUUUGGAAAAUUUUGGGGUUUAGAAUGAGAAAUAUAUUUUUUCGAAAAUAGUUGAGGAAUGAAAAAUUGACUAAUAAUAUCUUCAACAGUGUCAAAAAUUCAAAAUUGUGGAAAAUUAUCAUAAUUUUUAAAAUAUGUAUUUUUCUUCAAGUGUAUAUCAAAACUCAAAAACCACGAAAAAUAUCACAAUUUUUUAAAACGUAUUUUGUUCAGAAAAAUUAUUUUCAUUUUUCAUUCAUUAUGUGAGAAUAAAAUUUUACAGUGUGUUCCUCCAUUGGUUGUUGCUUCAAACAUCGACGAAAAAACAUUGAAAAGAGAAGGAGUUUGUGCGGCAUCUUUGCCAACAACAAUGGCUGUUGUCGCUGGAUUUUUGGUCAUGAACACGUUGAAGUAAGCGAUUUUUUCGUUUUAAAAUUCGAAUUUUUCAUGAAAAAUUACUCUAGAAAUGGUUUGGUGGCCUAGAAAACUUUUAAGACCGCCAAAUUUCCCAGAGACUCUUGAUUUUGGUACUGGAAAAUUGUACGUUUCAAAAUAGUUUAAAUAGAUUUUUAAAUUGGAAAUCUCUAGUUUAUUAAUUGUCAUUGCAAAAAUUUAUCAGCGUGGAUUUUUCGAAAAAAAAAUCGUUUUUUUUUGUGUGAGAAAAAACUCGAGCAGAAUUUCAAGGCCCAAAAAUCCACGUGUAUUUUUCGCUUUGAAAAAUUGCCAUAAUUAAAAUUUCAGGGUGAAAAAUGUCUGGGUCACUCUUUCAAAACUAUCACAGAAUCCCACACUCUCUAGCAACUGUCUAGAUUCAAAAAAUUCCCAUUUUUCCAGAUAUCUCUUGCAAUUCGGCGAAGUUUCUCCAUACGUUGGCUACAAUGCUCUCAAAGAUUUCUUCCCGCGCGAUUCUAUCAAACCAAAUCCUUCUUGCGAUGAUCGACACUGUAUUCUGCGACAAAAAGAAUAUCAGGAAAAGCUGAAAAAUCAACCUGAAAUUGAAGUGGAAGAAAAAAUUGAGGAUGAUUUUGUAGUUCACGAGGAGAAUAAUUGGGGAAUCGAAUUGGUUGAUGAAUCUAUUGAAGUGAAAAAGGAGGCUACAAAUUCUGGAAAAACUGCUGAAGGGCUGAAAUUUGCUUAUGAGGCUGCUGAAAAAUCGGAGGAACCUUCUCAAGAGACAUCUGAAAAAUCUUCUGCAAAUUUGGCCGAUUUGAUGGCACAAUUGAAACGAUUACAAAGUUGA